CCCCCACCCCACCCCCACCCCAUCCGCUAUCCCACCUGCAACCAUGAAUGGUGGUGGGAAUAUUUGGGCCAUCACGCCAGAGGAACGGAGCAAACAUGACCGCCAGUUUGACUCGCUCACCCCUACACUUGGAUAUGUAUCAGGGGAGCAGGCGCGGAGGUUCUUCGUGCAGUCAGGCCUGCCUGCUUCAGUGUUGGCAGAGAUCUGGUCUUUGGCUGACCUGACCAGUGAUGGGCGGAUGGACCGGUUGGAGUUCUCCAUCGCCAUGAAGCUGAUUAAGCUGCAGCUGCAGGGUCAAGCCCCGCCCCCCGCGCUGCCCGCCAUCAUGAAGCAGACGCCCACGCCCCCCAUUAUGACCUCAUCAGCCCGCUUUGGGAUGGGCUCCAUGCCCAACCUGUCCUUAAUGCCCACCGCUGCCCCCUCUGCCGUUGCCCUCGGCCACCUGGCCUUGCCCCUGGGCACCUCCACCCUGGCACCCCCCACUCUGAUGCCUCUCGGGGGCAUCCCCGUGCCCCUAUUGCCCACGUCGCUGAGCACCCCUGCGCUGCCCAACGGUGUGGCCUUGGGAUGCGGCCUGCUCACCCCCUCUCCUGUUGCCGUGACGACAGCUCUCUCUACCUCGGCGUCCUUCCCUGCUGGGACUGGUCUGAGUAAAGCUCGCUCUCUUCUGGACUUGGGCUCCAGCAGCUCCAACUCGUCCUCCACCACGUCGUUGUCCAGUAUCUCCCCCAAGAAGGGCCUCUCCGACUGGGCCGUGCCCCAGGCCGCUCGCCUCAAGCACCGCCAGCACUUCAACAGCCUGGACAAACUCAUGUCCGGGUACCUGUCAGGACCUCAGAUUAGGAAUGCUCUGACUGCUUCAAACCUCACUCAGACACAGCUCGCCACCAUCUGGAAUCUGGCCGAUGUGGACCAGGAUGGGCAGCUGCAGGCAGAUGAGUUUAUUCUGGCCAUGCACCUGGUGGAGCUGGCCAAGACUGGCCAACCUCUGCCCCUCACACUGCCCCUGGAGCUAGUGCCCCCCUCCUUCAGGUCCCUGAGUAGGAGCAGUGAGAUGGUGAAUGGUACAGGUCCUCCCCUCUGCCCUGGAACCCUUGAUCUCCUUGAGUCAGAGCAGUCACAGAAGACCAAAAACAACGCGGUGUCGUUCGAGGACAAGCUGAAGGCCAACUUCCAGCGGGGCAGUGCGGAGCUGGAGAAGCGCAGGCUGGCCCUGCAGGAGGAGAGGAGGAGAGAGGAGGCGCGCAGGGAGGAGGUGCGGAGGGAGGAGGAGCGCCAGCGGCACGUGAGGGAGGCCCGCCACCAGGAGGCGCUGCGAGCGCAGGAGCAGGAGAGGAGGCUGCAGAGACAGAGGGAGCUGGAGAGACAACAGGAGGAGGAGCGGAGGAGAGAGCAGGAGAGGGUGGAGGUGGAGCGAGUGGAGCUGCAGAGGAGGAGAACACAGGAGCAGGAGGAGAUCAGCCAUCUGAGAGCACGCAGGAGGAGCCUGCAGCUGGAGCUGGAGGCAGUGGGCAACAAGCACAAGCAGAUCUCCGACUGUCUCCGUGACGCCCGGAGCAAGAGGCAGGUCCAGAAGGUGGAGCUAGAGCUUGUCAAUCAGAGGAGAGACGGCAAGAUCGCCGAGAUCAGCUCCCUACAGAUACAGCUGGAGGACUUCCAGAAGCAGCUGUCACAGCUGGUCCCAGAACAGCUCAAGCUGAAGGAGAGACUGAGGACCGUUGGCCUGAAUAACUCCACCUCCUCAGCGAUGACCUCGAUGAAGAACAGUGUGUGUGUGAAGCAGCUGGGCUGCAGGAAGCUGAAGGAGCAACUGGACGCGCUGGAGAGAGAGACCACCACCAAGCUCUCCGAGAUAGACCAGCACAGCAGAGACCUCAAGUUCGUAGACAUGGAGGACACAGUGCUUCAGGGCCUGCUCUGUUUGCUGGGCUGCCUGACCAAUCUCUUCUACCUAAUGAAGGACCUGCGAGAGAAACAGACCAAUCAGCAGUCAGUUCUGGAUGGGCUGAUGCGGGUGAAGGAGGAGAAGGUGAAGGAGCUGCAGAGGAAGAGAAAAGAGAUGGAGGAGAGGAAGAGAAGAGAGGAGGAAGAGGCUGCAAGGCGUGCCCAGUUGGAGCUCCAGCUCCAGAGGGAGGAGGAGGAGCGGCAGCGGCAGCUGCAGCAGGAGAGGGAGGCUCAGCAGCGGGAGCAGGAGCAACUCCAGGCCCAGGCUCGCCUCCAGCAGGCCCAGGAGCAGGCCCAAGAGGAGGAGGAGCGCACCCGGAGGAGAGAGAGGGAGGCGCAGGAGGAGCAGGAGAGGAGGAGCAGAGUGGAGGAGGAGCAGGAGAAGAGGAGGAACAAAGAGGAGGAGGAGGAGGAGGUUGGGGGAGUGGUGGAGGCGGUGGUUGCUCAGCAACCGGACGUGCUGUUGCUAGGGAGCGGAGUGACGGAGGACCUUCAGGCUCAGCUCUCUGCUCUGUUCAGAGGGGUGGAGGACAACACAGAGGUGAAGCCACCACCAAGGAAGUGCACGUUUCUGACUCCGUACCGGGCGCUGUAUCCAUUUGCUGCUCGCAACGCAGAUGAGCUGACUCUGGAGGCUGGUGGAAUAGUGGAGGUGAAUGAGGGCACGGUGGGAGAGCCCGGCUGGUUCUACGGCAGCUGCCAGGGCAGGCUGGGCUGGUUCCCCCAGAGCUACGUGGAGAAGUGCCCCCCACUGGACCCAGCAGACCCCCCCGCAGACCCCCCCGCCAACGGCACCCUCGCUGGGGCCACGGAGGCAGACGGCCCUGGUAGCCAGAGCACAGGGAGUGUGGCCCAAGAGGGUGUCCAGGCUCCAGGCCUCGUGUCUGGGCUAGAGGAGGCCCAGAUCUCUGCCUUCUCCUCCAGCCUGGCCAACCCACCUGCAGCCCUUCACACACAGCCUGAGCAGGUCAAGGCGCUGUGCUCGUGGACGGCCAAGGACGAAGGGCACCUCAGCUUUGCGCAGGGUGACGUCAUCACGGUUCUGCAGCGUCAGGAGAACUGGUGGCUCGGAGAACUCAACGGAACCCAGGGCUGGUUCCCCAAGACCUACGCGGGCAUGGCAGUUGGGGGCGAGGCGGCACCAGAACCGCUGUAUUCUGCUGUGGAUGACUCGGAUGCUGAUGUCUGCCAUCUUGAAGAGUUUGUGGCGCUGUACACGUACGAGAGUCCGGAGGCGGGCGACCUGGCGUUCAGCGCGGGCGACUCCAUCCUGGUGACGGAGCGUGAGGGCGAGUGGUGGAGGGGCUGCAUCGGAGACCACACCGGCGUCUUCCCCUCCAACUACGUCAAGCCCCGAGAGUCCGGCUCGUCAAAACCUGGAGCCACCAGCAAGAAGCCAGAGAUUGUGCAGGUGACCACACCCUUGGUUGCCACGACGGCGGAGCAGCUGAGCCUGACCUCGGGUCAGCUGAUUCUGGUGCUGGCUAAGAACUCGUCCGGCUGGUGGCUCGGGGAACUGCAGGCUCGGGGCAAGAAGCGCCAGAGGGGCUGGUUUCCCUCGGCCAACAUCAAAGUCCUGGGCACCGCCAGCGGCACGUCCACGCCAGCGCCACAGCCAAUCUGUCAGGUGAUCGCCAUGUACGACUACAAGGCUGCCAACGGCGACGAGAUGAGCUUCUCCAAGGGUCAGCUGAUCAGCGUCCUCAACCAGGACAACGCGGACUGGUGGAGAGGAGAGGUCAACGGGGUCACAGGGCUCUUCCCCACCAACUACGUCAAGAUGACCACGGAGUCUGACCCCAGCCAGCAAUGGUGUGCGGACCUGAUGAGCCUGGAGACGAUGAGCACGCAGGAGAGGAAGCGGCAGGGCUACAUCCACGAGCUCAUCCAGACCGAGGAGCGCUACCUGGAGGACCUGGAGCUGGUGCUGGAGGUGUUCUAUAAGCCCAUGGCUGAGUCAGGCCGCCUCACUGAAGCAGAGAUGGCUACCAUCUUCAUCAACUGGAGAGAACUCAUCAUGUGCAACACCAAGCUGCUCAAAGCGCUGCGCGUGCGCAAGAAGAUGGGUGGCGAGCGCAUGCCCGUGCAGCUGGUGGGGGACAUCCUGGCGUCGGAGCUGGCGCACAUGCAGGCCUACAUCCGCUUCUGCAGCUGCCAGCUCAACAGCGCCGCCCUGCUGCAGAGCAGGACACACGACAGCGCCGACUUCAAGGACUUCCUCAAGAAAAUAGCCACUAAUUACCGCUGCAGAGGGAUGCCCCUGUCCAGCUUCCUGCUGAAGCCCAUGCAGAGGAUCACCCGCUACCCACUCAUCAUCAAAAAUAUCCUGGAGAACACGGGGGAGGGCCAGGCGGACCAGGGUGCGCUGCGGGAGGCUCUGGAGCGGGCAGAGGAGUUGUGUCUGCAGGUCAACGAGGGCGUGCGCCAGAAGGAGAACUCCGACCGCCUCGAGUGGAUCCAGAGCCACGUGCAGUGUGACGGCCUCCUCGAGCACCUGGUCUUCAACUCGCUGACCAACUGCCUGGGCCCACGCAAGCUGCUGCACAGCGGCCGGCUGCACAAGACCAAGAGCAACAAGGAGCUGUGGAGCUUCCUGUUCAACGACUUCCUGCUGCUCACACACACCUCCAAGGCCUUCUCCUCCUCCUCCUCCUCCUCCUCCUCCUCCUCCUCCGCCGAAAAGCUCUUCGGCGCCAAGUCCAGUGCGCAGUACAAGAUGUACAAGACGCCCGUCUUCCUGAAUGAGGUCCUGGUGAAGAUGCCCUCUGACCCCUCCAGCAACGAGCCCGUCUUCCACAUCUCACACAUCGACCGCGUCUACACACUCAGGGCCGACAGCAUCAAUGAGAGGACCGCCUGGGUGCAGAGGAUCAAAGCAGCGUCGGAGCACUUCAUCGCCACGGAGAAGAAGAAGAGAGAGAAGGCCUAUCAAGCUCGCUCUCUCAAGUCCAGUGGUAUCGGGCGCUUGCUGGUGACUGUCCAGGAGGCUGCCGAGCUCAAGUCCUGUAAACCCAACGGUAAGAGUAACCCGUACUGUGAGCUGACGAUGGGGGCCCAGUGCUACACCUCCAAGUCCCUGAGUGACACGCUGAGCCCCAAGUGGAACUUCAACUGCCACUUCUUCAUCAAAGACCUGUAUCAGGACGUGCUGUGCAUCACCGUCUUCGAGAGGGACCAGUUCUCCCCUGAUGACUUCCUGGGCCGCACCGAGGUUCCCGUGGCGACCAUCAAGAAGGAGCAGGAGCUGAAGGGCCCGGCCAAUAGGAGGCUCCUGCUGCACGAGGUGCCCACCGGGGAGGUGUGGGUCCGCCUCGACCUGCAGCUCUACGACUCCACCACCACCACUCACAAGUGACCACGCUAACGUUCUACACUGAUCCCGGGUCAGAAUGGCGUGCGUUCGGACCACUACUUACAAGUGAGGACGCUAACGUUUCACACUGAUCCCGGGUCAGAAUGGCGUGCAUUCGGACUAGCACUCACAAGUGAGGACGCUAAUGUUUUACACUGAUCCCGGGCCAGAAUGGCGUGCAUUCGGACUAGCACUCACAAGUGAGGACGCUAAUGUUUUACACUGAUCCCGGGUCAGAAUGGCGUGCAUUCGGACUAGCACUCACAAGUGAGGACGCUAAUGUUUUACACUGAUCCCGGGUCAGAAUGGCGUGCAUUCGGACUAGCACUCACAAGUGACCACGCUAACGUUCUACACUGAUCCCGGGUCAGAAUGGCGUGCGUUCGGACUGGCACUCACAAGUGACCACGCUAACGUUUCACACUGAUCCCGGGUCAGAAUGGCGUGCAUUCGGACUAGCACUCACAAGUGAGGACGCUAAUGUUUUACACUGAUCCCGGGCCAGAAUGGCGUGCAUUCGGACUGGCACUCACAAGUGAGGACGCUAAUGUUUUACACUGAUCCCGGGUCAGAAUGGCGUGCAUUCGGACUAGCACUCACAAGUGAGGACGCUAAUGUUUUACACUGAUCCCGGGUCAGAAUGGCCUGCGUUCGGACUAGCACUCACAAGUGAGGACGCUAAUGUUUUACACUGAUCCCGGGCCAGAAUGGCGUGCAUUCGGACUGGCACUCACAAGUGACCACGCUAACGUUUCACACUGAUCCUGGAUCAGAAUGGCGUGCGUUCGGCCUGGCAUUUAUAAGUGACCACACUAACGUUUUACACUGAUCCUGGAUCAGAAUGACAUGCGUUCGGACUGGCUUCCGUGUCUCUCCGGAUGGCCUCAGUGCAGCAAGGUUAUAUUGUCACAUGAAGAGCCAUGGAUGUGUGGAACGGGAUCCUGUUGUUCUUAUUUGUCUGCUAUUCAUGGGGCCUCUCGUGACUGAUGAAAGCCACUCCCACUAAAACAACCCCAACCAAUCAGGACAGAAGGGCUUGGAGCUGGUCGCCCAAUCAGAGACUGUGGAAUGCCUGUGUUGUGUUCCUAGAGCCCUGCUGACUCAGGUCCACUGGCAGAUGGAAAUCUGCUCUUAACGUGCGACAGAAUCUGUUCCCGAGUCAGCUGAUUCCACUGAUAGCACUCUUAUCAGUGUUGACACUAACCUCCAGCAGUGCUAACAGGCCCGGCGCUGAUCAAGUGCCUCAUAUUAUCACAGCAGCCCUGCCAGCAUUGCUUUACUCCCACCAGGCCACUGCUGCUCUCAGUCUCCUGUUUAGUUUUUAUGUGCGUGUCGUCAGCUUAGUACAUUUCCUGGGGCAGUUUUAUGUGACUUGCCAAAGGAAAAUAAGAGGAAAAUAGAUGCAGGCUGUUCUAACACUCUUUAAGGGGGCUAAAUUAUCCUAAUUUAAGAGAGCUUUUUAGAGCUGAUGUGAGUUUGCACGGAACAAAAAUAACAUUCUGCCAAUCUGCUUUUUAGCAUUGCUGGUGGACCGGAAUCACAAAACUUAAGAUAACGAACAGAUGUAGCUUCAACAUUUAUCCAAUGUGAUGACAAUGUAUCUUUUCAUUUUAUUUGCAUGUUUUAAAUACAUGAGGAUUUAUCCAUUUCCCUGUAACUCACACUCACACUCACAGCCUCCGACAAGAUGGAUGGCCUCUGCAACACAUGCAAAAUAAAUCUACCUUUCCAAAGUC